UAAAGUCGGACGGCCGUGAGGGACGGUCGCUGCCACUCGGGCGACCCAACCGUGUUGCGUACGAUACCGCGUUUGUGAAAACUGUUUUCCUUAGUGUCAUUUGCAUACGUGAAGUGAAACUGAUUACAUUUUGGCAACUGUGAUGGGAUUUAUUGUUCAUUUACAGUUUUACUGGGUGCGACAGAUUUAAAAAAAGUUUUAAGUGAACCUCUUGUGGAUUGUUUUUAUUUUGUAAAACGUCGCUGAUGCAUUCUAUUUCGGCUGUUUUAUUCUGGUGAUGCGUGCGCGCAAGUGAACAUGGCGCGGGGGGGUGUCGUGCUCCUCGUGCUAUGGGUGGCCGUCGCCGCCGACAAACAUGAGGUGUCAAACACAACAACACCAGAAAGCACAACAGCAGCUCCAACGCCUCCUAUACCUCUAAGACCAGAGUACGCCCAUCCAGCCGGCGUAGAAGCACUAGAUCCUUAUAACUCAGAGAAGAACCACGCACCACCACAUCACAGAGAUUACUUAGAAGAAGAUUACGAAAACGAAUCACAUAAAGAAGAUGAACAUGAUAAUAGAGAAGAUGCAGAUGAACUGCCUUCUUUAUCAGGAGAUCAUCUCUUACAAAGUUCUACAGAUGACUUACCAAUGUUUCUUUUAGAACCACAGCACGCUUUCGUUGUGAGGAACAAACCAGCGUUGCUGAGGUGUCGGGCAGCCAAUGCCCUUCAAGUGUAUUUUCAAUGCAAUGAUGUAAGGUCCGUGGCUAGUACACAGUUUGAGUUUGUGGAUCCACAAAGUGGUGUGAGAAUUGUGGAAGCUGAGUGUAAUGUUACAAGAGAUCAGUUAGACGAGUAUUUUGGUGAAGACAGAUUUACUUGUACCUGCAACGCUUGGAGUAGCAGAGGUGACAUCAAAAGUCAGCCUGCCGUUGUCGAGUUGGCAUAUCUCAAGAAGCCGUUCGCAGUCUCACCCUCAACAACAUCAGUGGAAGCCGGUUCCGCUGCAUCAUUGAGGUGCUCUCCACCAGCUGCCGCUCCAGCCCCAAGAGUCUCCUGGCUGAAGCAUGGACAGCCACUGCAGCAAGACCACAAUGUCCUGAUAUCUGCUGAAGGGAAUCUGCUCAUAUCAAGGGCCACUUUACAAGACAUGGCGAACUACAGCUGCGUCGCAGAGAACAUUGCCGGGAAGAGGAUCUCUGAACCUGCCCUUCUGACCGUUUAUGUCAACGGUGGUUGGAGUUCCUGGGGCCCGUGGACUCAAUGCCGCUGCAAUGGCCGCGUGACCGGAGGACAGAGGCGUACGCGCAGCUGUACGGAACCUCAUCCCUUGAAUGGAGGCGCGCCUUGCCAGGGACAGGCGGUGCAGAGGACUUCGGAUUGUGUGCCUUGUCAGAGUGAGGGAUACAUGGAUCUGCAAGGAUAUGAUAACACUCAACAGCUGUUGAUUGCCUUACCCGGUCGCUGGGGCACCUGGUCCGAGUGGUCCGUCUGCGGCGCCGACUGCCGACAGACUAGACGAAGAUCCUGCACUGGUGACACCCCAUGUUCAGGCGCACAUGCACAACACGCAGACUGCGUCGGAGACUACUGUGGAGUUCAUGGAGUGGCGGCACACAGCGAUAUUCCCCUAUACAUAGGAAUAGCAGUCGCAGUGGUGGUAUUUUUGGCCGGAGCAGCAGUGGUAUACAAACUUCUGCAGAGGAAGACGAGAGAUCACUCUCUGUAUACUAUGACGCGGACUGCAGAUUUCCAACCGGAGAUGUACCCAACUGUGGAGAAGCAGUCGCUGUCUCUAGCUCCUGACCUGAUGCAGCACCGUCCUCCAAGAUAUGAGCAUCCUCAGCCGGACUCCAGAGCUGAGCAUCAUUAUGAUGUUCCGCAUCUUACUAAUAGUUACGCGUCACCAGUAGACCAUCAGAUAACUCCUUGCGCCUCAAGCAAGGGCCAAAGCGAUGACUACGACAGCAAACCCUACAGCGAAUCCGAACAUUCGGCCUCCAGUUGUUUCACUAGCUCGGGCUCAAUGUAUGAUGCAGCGAAUGAGUCUGUGACGCUCCAACUAGCGGAACUCGUGUCGAACUCGCCUACAUCUCAGUCCCUCUCAGUUUCAAGUGCUGGGGCGAGGUUGGCAUUGCCUGCCGCCGGUGUUGCCCUGUCAAUACCUGAGGCAGCUCUGAGUAGGGGCAGGAGAGAACAGAUAUACGUCGCCGUGGUCAAAGACGAUCGGUAUCGACCCAGAUUGGGAAAAGGUAUCACGCAGCUGAGCCCAGUAGUUAAGUGCGGCCCGCCGCGUCUUCAAUUAAACAAGUCAGUCAUCCUACAAAUCCCUCACUGCGCCAGCCUGAAGCACGGCUUCUGGAAUCUCUCGCUAUACGCCAUCGAUCACAACAGUGCUAAAACCGACAAUACUCAACCGCAAUGGAAGAAAAUCGUCGGUCUCGGUCAGGAAACGAUCAAUACUCCCGUGUUCACUCAACUCGACAAUGAUAAAAUAUUCCUAGUGACCGAUAUGCUGUCUACCUUUGUAUUAGUGGGUGAAAGUUUCAAUGGAAAGGCGGUAAAGGCGCUUCAGCUGGCAAUAUAUGCGCCGGCAGUGCUCAGCGAAACUAGCGCAGAUUACAGUAUAAGACUUUACGUAUUCGAAGAUACGCUUUGUGCGGCCUACUACUGUCAGGAACAAGAGAAGAAACUUGGCGGCGUCCUACUCGAGCGACCCAAAACUUUACUGUUCCAGGACGGAGGUUCAAAUCUUUGUUUGAAUUUAGAACACGUCAGCCCCGGCUGGAAAGCUAAACCGGGUAUUGGUUACCAAGAAAUUCCUUUCCAACACGUUUGGGGCUCAAAUUACAACGCUUUACAUUGCAGCUUUGUAUUAGAGAGAACCCAUGAUUGCGACAAUAUCGAUUUCAGCGUGUCUGCCUGUCAGAGAACCAAUCCGUCAUACAAGCAGACAUUCCGAAUAUCCCUCGAGGACGUGCGGAGCCGAUCGCCGCGGGGACGUUCACCCCGCGCCGAGUCGCAGCGCAGUUUUAACAUAACUGAAAACCUUUUAGAGGCUCGUAUGUGCCGCAGCGAAGACGGGAGCGACGGCAGCGUUAAAAGGAACGUAACAGUUAGCGAGGCGGGCGUCAACGAGUGCGCGGGUGAGGGGCCGUUUAAAUUAAGUGCUCGAAUAAAAAGGCAGUUGUGCGCUAUAUUGGACCCGCCGAACGCGCGCGGGAACGACUGGCGCGCGCUGGCGGCUCGGCUGGGCGUGGAUCGCUACACCACGUGGUUCGCCACAAAGAGCUCGCCAACAGAGGCUAUCUUAGAGUUGUGGGAGUGCCGCGAGCGAGGCGCGGGCGCCACCGCCGCGCUCGCCGCCGCGCUGCGGCAGAUGGACCGCCACGACGCCGCCGACCUACUGCACGGCAGACCCUCUUGGUUAUGAAUUCCUCACUCACCCCAAACAUGCCCUAAUUAAUGACUUCAACUCAACGGUACGUAUCCGUGUGUAUUCUAAUGAGACAAUUGUGAAUGAUGAUAAAUGUGAAACUAUAGGCCUAUGCGAACGAAUGUAUAUGGACGAUUGUUGGUAAACUAAUGAGUAGUUUAAAUGUUAUGUUAGAAAAAAGUAUAGUUUCGUAGGCCGACGGCCUAAGUUUGUAAAAUCUUCGUAGUAUAUUUUGUAUAGAAUAUUCUAUGCUGUAGAUAAGCGAUCGAUGAAUAAAUUAUAUUAUAUUAGCAAUAAUAGUGCCUACAAUGUCUUUUAAAGAAACAUUGCCGACUUGAGUCAGUCGGCGUCAGUUGGUUAUUUUGUUAUUUUUUGUAUAGUGUUUGAGUGUUUUAUUAACUGAGAAAUUCGCUUAUUUUUCUAUUUUAUUUGCUCGCAAUAAUUUUAACUUGCUUAUUAUAGAUUCGAACUUUGUGCCAAAUAUGUACUGCCACAGCAAAAUUUUGGCAAUAAUCUAAAAGAAAAUGUUAUACGUGUCUAACUCUGAGCUUAUCUAGCUACUGUUUAAAGUUACAAUAUAAGUAUUUUUAUUUGAUGUUAGAUGAAUUUUCAAUAUUUAUAAUCACGUUAGGAAAGAACCACUAAAUUGACUUGUCACAAAGAUUCAUUUUCACUCACAUUAGAAGCAUGAAUAGUGGAAAAUUCAUCUAAUACUCUCGUUUACUAUAAAGACUUUACAACUGCAUUUAUAUCUAAAACUAAUGCAAUGUAAACUUCGAAUAAGUCAAACUUCUACGGUCUAUUUAUGCGCGAUAAUCUACAUUUAGAAUUCACAUUUACAAAACAAAAUGAACUUAGUGAAAACUCAUCAAAUUACAAAAUAUCAAAAUAAAUCUUUACUGCCUAAACUCACUGCCUUUAGAAAUUAUCGCGUAUGAAAAGAACUGAAAAUUCCGCUAUCCAAUAGAAAAGAUCUUGCUAUUUUCAACCUUUUAGAUCGUUUAUACUGCUGAAAUAGGGAUAGAAUGAACAAUAUAAAAUCAUGAACUUACGUAAAAAUUUUCGAUAGCUAUACAAUCAUCACAGAUAAAUGAAACAACGUAUGAGAAAAAUCAUAUAAAUUACGAUAUUGUCCAAAAAUGGUAUUGGUUACCUUAUCGAAGAUAAACCAAUACUCAUCGAUAGAUUGUGAAACUGGCCAUCUCUAUCAUAGACAGACCAUCAACCUUUUUACUCUCCAAUCUUACCAACCUAACAGUCAUUAAAUCAUUCUACUGUUUAACUAAAACCUUUCCCAAUUUGGUCUGGACCACUCUCUUCUCUGUUAUUAAGGCCAUCAACAAUAUUUUUAUUUGUAAUAAAACUUUCAUUGAUAUGUAGAAUCCACGAUGACAACUUAAUAACUUCGAUAGCGUGGCCGCGCCCGAGGGGUAUUUUGGUCCAUACAAUUUUAAUUGUCAUGAAUAUACAACUGGUUUUCGUGUUACGAUUGAGUUAUAUGAAAUUGAUUAUAAAAAUAGUAUUGGGAAUGGAAUUGUGAGAGUAAUAAAAUAUUAGGUUUAUAGCAAGGCCUGAUGAGUGGGAAAAUAUAGUCGAAAUUCUUGAUUCGAAGUGAGAAUACCUUUAUGAAGUGAAGUUGGAACAAUGCGCAAUGAGAAACUUUUGAACUGUACAAUUACCAUCAUUGCUACAAUAAGACUUUUAGAAGGACAUUUUAUUUUCUUUUAUAUUUUAGGAUAUUUUAUGAACUCCUAUUUCAGCAGUACAACGAAGCACUUGAUCGUCUCUUUGUAUAUAAUGUGAUAGAUUGUAAAUAUCAUGUAUCGCAGUUACAGAAGUAGUUGGAACAUAACUAUUGCUAUGUAAAUGGUGUCAUCACCACCAGUAGACUAUAUAUAUUUUUGUUAACGUGAUGAAUAUUAAAAUAAAUGGAUCUGUGAUACUUAAAUAAUAUGAAAUAAAUUAUGUUUAACUGUG